CGCGUCGUUGGCGAGUAUCCUCAAAGAGCUGACACGGAGCCCACCGUCGGUCGCCGGUGUGCUGUAUUCCGACAAGCGCACCAAAAUCUCGGCGAAAACGGGACCCGUUCGGGCGCCUUAUUGAGAGCAUCUCAGGCUGUCUUGGCUGCGCGGCGAAGGCGUCGCCAAGGAAGCACGCAUGGCGGACGACGUGAGUGACGAGCCGCCCGUCGGCGACGCGCGCACCAGCUGGCUGCCAGCGCAAAGCGCACAAAUUCUCGCUCUCGGCGACGCCGCGCGCCGCAGAAACGCUGCGUACCAAAAUGCCUGGCAAAAGCUGCAGCCGCCCGCGAAGACGCAGCCGCUCAAAAGUUCGGAGCGCCGGAGCUUGCGCCAGGCGCUGCAGAAGCAGUUUGCGCCAGCGCUCGACGCGGCCGAAGCCAUCGACGCAGUAUUGCCGACGAGCAAAAACGCCGCGGUGACGCGCGGCCGCCAAGACAGGACGGAGCUGAUCCUCGUCGACGGCGUCGUGGCGCUCGCGUCGCAAGAGCCGGUCGACGGGGACGCGAAAUCGAGAGCCGCGCGCAAGACGUGGGUCCCGACGCCGCUCGUGCUGCAGCGAUGCCCGCACAUCCUGCGACAAGUCGCCGUGCAUGCGCCCGUGGCGCACGGCCCCCUCAAGCGGGGUGCAGAUUUGUACGCGGGCGGCGUCGUCGGCUUCGGUCACGCGACGCGGGAGACAGCGGGAUCGUGGCCCGAGGCGCUCUUUGGCGGCCCCAUCGCCCAGGGCGAGCUAGUCGCGGUCUGCGCGCGCGAUUCGUGGGCGCCCGUCGCCGUCGGCCGAUUUUCGAAAUCUUCCGAGGACAUGGUGCUCGAGGGGAGCCGCGGCGCGUGCGUCGACGUACUGCUCAGAGUCGGCGACGGCGUCUGGCCCAACACGGCCGUGGACGCGUCGACGUCGUCGUCGAGCCCGCCCGAAUUCUGCGUCGCCGCCGCCGCGGCGGCGGCCGAGAGCGCGGCGGACGCGCUCGCCUUGGCCGCGGAGCGGCACGCCGCGCGGACCGCUGCGGCGGCGGCGGCCGCGCACGCGGCCGAGGUCCUCGACCUCAAGGCGCGGACGAAGCGCCUCGCCAAGUCGCUCCGCCAGGUCGCGGACCUGCGCGGGCGGGAGCUCAAGGACGACGCGCAGCGCACCAAGGCCGCGCGCGGGCCCGCGCUCGAAGCGGAGCUCGCCUACGCCGAGGCCCGGCUCGCGGAGCUCCAGCGCGCGGUCGACGACGCGGCUGCGUCCAAUGGUGUCGCUGAGGCCGCUGUUGAGGGCGCCGCCGGAGAUACGGACGAGGCCGCGGGCGCCGAUGUCGGCGACGAUGGCGCUGACGCCGAGACCGAAGCCGCCGCCGGCGACACGGACGCUGCAGAUGACGACGACGAAGAGGAGGCCGCCGCGCCGCCGCCGUCCCCCGACGAGAUCUUCCGCGCAGCGUUCCUCACGACACUGCGGCGCGACCUGAAGCCGCCCGUGCUCGCCGCCGAGGCCGUCGGCGCGGCGGCGAAGCUAGGGGGCGCGUCCGUGAAGGAGACGUCGUGGAAGAAGGCUGCCAAAUUCCUGGAGAGCCUCGCGGGCGUCGUCGACUGCAGGGAGAAGUCCAAGGGCGUCCUCGAGGUCGUGUCCGUGGACUGGGGUCGAGCGCCUCCGUUUGAACUCGUCGAGAAGGCUGCCGUCGCGGACGAGUUCGCCGCGCUGCGCGCCACGAAGAGGGGAGGCUGCGUCACCGUCUCCGUGCGGCGCGUGCGCAACAAGAACUGCACGUUCGUGGACGGGUUAGACGGGUGGGGCUUCGACGAAGCGCGACAGAAAGCCGUCGCGGCGGCCCUCCGGACCAAAUUCUCCGCCGCGGCGUCGGUCGCGGCGAGAAAAGGCACCGAGGACAACCGCAAGGGCAAGAAGUUCUUCUCGAUCAUGGUCCAGGGCAAGUACGCCGAGCAGAUCGGCGACGUCCUCCGGCGGGAUUUUGGCGUGCUCACUGUGUCAGUGCAGGCGAAGAAGGGCCUGGUGACGAAGAAGGACCGGCAGGCGUUCUCGAGCGCGCUCUAG